AUGUCGGAGAUGCUUGAUGUCUACUGGCAGGCGCCGCCCAUCGCAAGAACUCUUGCAACGGCUACCUUUGUCACCUCGGUGUCUGUUCUCUUGGGCAUCGUGAGUCCGUACUGGUUCAUCUUUAUGCCCGACUACUUGUACAAGAUCCCACCUCAGAUCUGGCGCCUGGGCACCAACUUCCUCUUGACGGGCCCCCAGCUCAGCCUGCUCUUUGACACGUACUUCCUGUACACCUACCUCACCGCUCUCGAAGUCGGCAACCCCAGGUUCGCCAGACGCGAGGAUGUGGUCUGGUAUCUCAUGUUUGUGUGCACUGUCAUUACGGUAAGUCUUUACAUCACUGCUAGCCCACUGCUUCGGCGGUUUUGCCCAUGCUCGUUGUCGAGGACAACUCGGAAAGUUCCUUCCAUAUUUGAAAAUACCCAAGCGAGGGGGAAGAAAAAAAACUCGCUUCUCGCACAUUUUGCACCUCAUAUAUCUGCCCGCAUAGUGGAUACCCACAGCUAUAGCGGUUCCUGGAACUGA